GGGGCUGCGAGCGGUGCCGCAGACAGACCUCUUGGCUCCCAGAUGGCCAAUUCCCUCAACGGCCGGAACCCGCGCAAGGGACGGAUCCUGGGCUUCAUCGAUGCCAUUCAGGAUGCUGUGGGCCCCCCCAAACAGGCAGCUGCUGACCGCAGGACUGUGGAGAAGACCUGGAAACUUAUGGACAAAGUGGUAAGAUUGUGCCAAAACCCAAAGCUUCAACUCAAAAACAGCCCACCUUACAUACUUGACAUUCUACCUGAUACUUACCAACAUUUGCGACUUAUACUGAGCAAAUAUGAUGACAACCAGAAACUUGCACAACUCAGCGAGAAUGAGUAUUUUAAAAUCUACAUUGACAGCCUUAUGAAAAAAUCCAAACGGGCCAUAAGACUCUUUAAAGAAGGAAAGGAAAGAAUGUAUGAAGAGCAGUCACAGGACAGGAGAAACCUUACAAAGCUGUCUCUCAUCUUCAGCCACAUGUUAGCAGAAAUCAAGGCUAUUUUUCCAAAUGGACAAUUCCAGGGUGAUAACUUCCGCAUCACCAAAGCCGAUGCUGCAGAUUUCUGGAGAAAAUUCUUUGGAGAUAAAACUAUAGUGCCAUGGAAGGUGUUCAGGCAGUGCCUUCAUGAAGUUCAUCAGAUUAGCUCUGGUUUGGAAGCAAUGGCUCUUAAAUCUACUAUUGACUUGACCUGCAAUGACUACAUUUCAAUUUUUGAAUUUGAUAUCUUCACUAGAUUAUUUCAGCCAUGGGGCUCAAUCUUAAGGAAUUGGAACUUCUUAGCUGUGACACAUCCUGGAUAUAUGGCAUUCCUGACGUAUGAUGAAGUGAAAGCAAGGCUGCAGAAAUACAGCACUAAACCUGGGAGCUACAUUUUCAGACUGAGUUGCACUCGCCUAGGCCAGUGGGCCAUUGGCUAUGUGACUGGAGAUGGGAACAUACUGCAGACCAUACCUCACAAUAAGCCUCUGUUUCAAGCUUUGAUUGAUGGCAGCCGGGAAGGAUUCUAUCUGUUCCCUGAUGGACGAAGUUAUAAUCCUGAUUUGACAGGAUUAUGUGAGCCCACACCACAUGAUCACAUAAAAGUCACACAGGAGCAGUAUGAAUUGUACUGUGAAAUGGGUUCCACUUUUCAACUGUGUAAAAUCUGUGCAGAGAAUGACAAGGACGUGAAGAUAGAGCCUUGUGGACACCUUAUGUGCACUUCUUGUCUUACAGCCUGGCAGGAAUCAGAUGGCCAAGGCUGCCCUUUCUGCCGCUGUGAAAUCAAAGGGACUGAGCCAAUCAUUGUGGAUCCUUUUGAUCCCAGGGAUGAGAAUUCCAGGUGCUGCAGUAUUAUGGAUAGCUUUAGUAUGCCUAUGUUGGACUUGGAUGAUGAUGAUGAUAGAGAGGAGUCUCUAAUGAUGAAUCGUUUGGCUUCAGUCCGAAAGUGCAAUGACAGGCAGAAUUCACCAGUGACUUCCCCAGGAUCUUCCCCUCUUGCACAAAGAAGAAAACCACUUCCAGACCCCCUGCAAAUCCCUCAUCUUAGUCUUCCUCCUGUCCCUCCCCGUCUGGAUCUGAUUCAGAAGGGAGUAGCACGGUCACCGUGUGCCAGCCCAACUGGGUCACCAAAAUCUUCUCCCUGCAUGGUGAGGAAGCAGGACAAGCCUUUGCCAGCGCCGCCACCUCCCCUGCGAGACCCUCCUCCGCCGCCGCCGGAGCGGCCUCCGCCGCUGCUGCCGGAGAGCCGGGCCGCCCGGCACCUGCACCAGGCCGAGGGCCUGCCCGCCAGGGAGCAGCCCGUGCCCCUCGAGGGCUGGUGCCCCAGGGAUGUGUUUGGCACCAGCCAGCUGGCGGGCUGCCGAGGCGGGGGCGACGCCUCCCCCAAGGCAGGCCUGACCGCCAUCGCAAACGUGAACGGGAGGCACGGCCGCGUCAGCUCGGAGCAGGGAUUCAUCAGGAAGCACAGGCGUCACGAGCUGCCCGCAGAAAGCGCCAAGGUUUUUUCAAAUGGUCAUCUGAUAAAUGAAGAAUAUGAUGUCCCUCCACGGCUUUCACCCCCUCUUCCAGCUGGCUCUGUCAUCCCUAGUAUAAAGUGCCCUGGUCCUUCAGCAAAUUCUCUGUCUGAUAAAUCAAGGGAACACCCAGAUGAUGAUGAAUACAAAAUUCCUUCUUCACAUCCUGUAAUACUGAGCUCACAACCACCUCAUGGUCAUAAUAUAAAACCUCUUGCUCGGGUGUGUGAGAAUGGCCAAUGUGCGAAUGGAACCCACGGUGCUACUUCCGAGAUAAAGAAAUCAAAACAUCCAGAGUCAGGAGAUGUCUAUGAUGCACCUACUGUUCCGGUACCUUUGCCUCCUGCACGGCCUCCUGCCAGAGACAACCCCAAACACAGCUCUUUGCUCAACAGGACACCCUCCGAUUAUGAUCUUCUGGUGCCCCCUUUAGGUGAAGAUGCAUUUGAUAACUCACCCCCCUCACUCCCACCACCACCACCACCUGCUCGGCACAGCAUGAUUGAGCACACAAAACCUGCUGGCUCAGGGAGCCGACCCUCAUCAGGACAUGAACUGUUCCUUCAUUCUGAUCCCCAUUUUGACUCAGUAACUGGUCAUGUUCCUUUGCCACCUGCUCGGAGAGCACCUGGAGAAAAUGUCAAAACAAAUAGGACAUCUCAAGACUAUGAUCAACUUCCUCCAUCUUCAGAUGGUUCACAAGCACCAGCCAGGCCCCCUAAACCACUUCCUCGGAGAACUGCACCAGAAAUGCAUCACAGGAAAGCAUACAGCUCUGACAGUUCCAUGGAAAAUGUGGAUGCAAAAAUUGCAAAACUUAUGGGAGAGGGCUAUUCCUUUGAAGAAGUCAAGAGGGCACUUGAAAUUGCCCAGAAUAAUGUUGAUGUGGCCCGCAGUAUUUUAAGAGAGUUUGUCUGUUUUCCUCCACCAGUCUCCCCGCGUCUCAAUCUAUAGCAGCAUCAAGAUUUUCUUGGAGCAUAUGAAUUCUGCAGAUACACAUGUGGAUUGGGGAAUGAGAGGAAGAACAGAAUGGAAUAUUUUUAUUCAUCCUUAGCAGAAGGGUGUUUGUUUCCAGCCGUUUAUCAAAGGCUCCUGGCUGCUCUGAUCAAGACUUAUAAAUAUGCUGAGGCUUAUGUAUUUUUGCUAGCCAUACUUUUUUAAAUCAGGGUUGAACUUACAAAAUAAUUUAAAAAAAGUUUACUUCCCUAGAACUUUUAAUCUGUGAAAUGCUUUUUCUUGUUUACAAGUUGGCAAGUUACAGUUUUCUAGUUUGUGCCUGUACUAUGUCCUGUUCAUAUUCCCUUGUACUUGUGGUCAGUUCUGCUGUAGCAUUCCCAACAGUUUCCAUGCUGACCACUCCAUCAACUAAAUCAUCACU